UGCAGAGCGCGGUGGUAAAGCUCUUUCAGAGAGCUGGACCUGCAGGGAGCAGUCAUCAGAGUCAUUUAGCAUUACACAAUAGACCUGCAGCACUUAGUCGCAUAAAUGCUCGCGAUGGGGGCUGCAGAAUGGGAGGGAAAGAAGGAAAUGCAGGCAACGAGCGGGAGAACGUCUUCAUCUGCAGCUUCAUGGUGGCAGCUCCCAUCUUCGGUUACCUGGGCGACCGCUUCAACAGAAAGGUCAUCCUGAGCUGUGGCAUUUUCUUCUGGUCCAUUGUUACUCUGUCGAGCUCCUUCAUCAGCAAAGAGUACUACUGGCUAUUUGUGCUCUCCAGGGGACUAGUGGGCAUCGGAGAAUCCAGCUACUCCUCCAUCUCUCCCACCAUCAUAGGAGACCUGUUCACUAAUAACAGCCGCACCAUGAUGCUCUCUGUCUUCUACCUGGCCAUCCCCCUGGGAAGUGGGCUGGGUUACAUCCUGGGUGCAAGUGCCAAGGUGGCUGCAGGAGACUGGCACUGGGCAUUAAGGGUGUCCCCGUUCUUAGGGAUCACCGCAGGAAUUCUGAUCCUGCUGUUUGUGCCUGAGCCAAAGAGAGGCAGCGCCGACCACAUAGGAGGACGCAACAGGACCCGCACCUCCUGGGUCUGUGACAUGAAAGCCCUCGCCAAGAAUCGCAGCUACGUGUUCUCCUCCUUGGCAUCGUCAGCAGUGUCCUUUGCCACAGGUGCAUUUGGUAUGUGGAUUCCUUUGUACCUGGCCAGAGCCCAAGUGGUGCAAAAGACGGCAGAGGCAUGCACAAAAGAGAUUUGCAGCAGCACCGACAGCCUAAUCUUUGGGGCGAUCACCUGUGUGACGGGGCUGUUAGGCGUGGUCAUCGGGGCCGCCACUACACGCCUAGCCCGCCAGAAGACGGAACGAGCCGACCCGCUGGUGUGCGCUGUCAGCAUGCUCGGCUCAGCAAUCUUCAUCUGCCUCAUCUUCGUGGUGGCCAAGAAGAGCAUUGUGGGAGCUUAUGUUUGCAUCUUUAUCGGAGAGACGCUGCUCUUCCUGAACUGGGCCAUAACAGCAGACAUUUUAAUGUUCGUCGUCAUCCCCACGCGGAGAGCGACAGCGGUCGCCUUUCAAAGCUUCACCUCUCAUCUACUGGGUGAUGCGGGAAGUCCAUACCUGAUAGGCCUGGUCUCCGACGCCCUUCAGCAGAGGUAUGCUACAUCAGCGCUGUGGCAGUUCCUCAGUUUGGGCUAUGCCCUCAUGCUCUGUCCCUUCAUCAUCGUCCUGGGGGGCAUGUUUUUCCUGGCCACUGCACUGUUUUUCCUGGACGACAGGGAGAAGGCAGACAAACAGUUGAACCAGCUUCGACCACCUUCCGCCAUUAAGGUAUGACCAGGUGACAAGCCAAUGAGGAGCUUUGAAGGCACAACCAAACUGAAUGAGGACGACAAUGUGGUGAUAAAAAGCUAGGGCAGCUCCUUUGAAACCAAGCUCUUGUCCUCCUCCUUGCUGUCACCUCCAUGAUCGUCCUCCUCCUCCUCCUCUUCCUCCUCACGACUCCUCCUGCUGCUCUUCCUUUUUACACUAUCAUCGAGGCUACUCAGAACUGGAAUAAGGGAGCGUCUUGCCCCUCCUUGAACUGCCUCUAAAUCACAGGCUGAUGAGAAGGUGCUCGGCUGUGUGCUGAAGCCAUCGUCUAGACGGCCAGUGUCCUCCUCACCUCUGUCUGCGAGGAUCCACUGAACCUUCCGGGGAGGAUGUGAGGUGGCAAAGUCUCCCCCCGCCUGUAACCCCUCUGAACUCCCGAUGCCAUACUACUGAAUGCUGACCAUGAACCUGCCCUGUCUGUCUGCCUGUCUGUCGAACGGCCUGUCUCUGACAUGUCUGCCUGUCUGUCUCUUACAUCGGCUGUCAAUCUGCACCAAGUGCCAUAGCGUCAUUACAUUCCUUCAGACUUUGCACUGACCACAAACAACCCUCAUGCUUCAUCACUGGCUAUGUUUACAUGCACACGAUAGUUCAGCUUCUGAAUAUGCGAGCGCUUUAAUUUGGUGGCGUACGCGUAUUUUCUGCUGGAGGCUAGAAGCGGUAUAAUUUGUAAACUGCGCCCAUAACGCUUCUUUUGGUAUCUGUUGCUCCCCUGCAAAUUUUCCACAAUUUAUCCAGCCCUGGCUUUCCCCGCUCAGAGUCUGUAAACAGAAAGGAGCUGUGAAAUUAAAGUUAUGUGGAGUAAGUGAUGCAACAGCAGCAAAGUGUGCUGCAGGAAUACAAUUCUCCAUGUUAUUUGUCUGUUCAAACAAGCCUCUGGUAAUCUGAGCGGCAUCUGAUUACACUCCAAAUCCUAAUCUCAGUAUUCUCAGCAUACCCAUUGAACAUAAAUCUAGCGUUUACAUGAUAAAUGCGGUAUUCCUAUGAUUAAAAUCGUGCUGUGCAUGUAAACAUAUCAGUCAAGAAAGAGCCAAAAAAUGUUACUGUCUAAAGGUCAGUGGAUCAGCCUUAAGAUUUGGAUUUUUCACAUCUACAGAUGUUUCCGUUGACGCCCAUGUGUUUGUAUUUUUAGCUUUUAGCACUUAAAUUAGCGUAGACAGUGCCAGAGAACACAACAGAGACGAGAGACUUCUGCACAUUAUUUAUCGCAAGGGUUCUUGUGAUUUUUAUCUUCUUUAUUUGUUUCUAUGUGAUGCUUGAUUUGAAACUGGAGGUUGCUGCCUAUGAUUGUUUCAGAAGGAUGAUGACAUGAAGGUCAUUAUAAGAAAACACUGGAUUAUAUAUUUUAUAAUUUAUUAUACACCUUUCCCAAAAGUAAAUAAUAUGCUACUCUUUUUACCUAAAAGGAGUGUCAUAUUUGUUUUGUGUUCAUGAGAAGCAAUACGAAAAAAAAUGUAGAGGGAACCAACAAUUUUUUUAUCCACACUGCCUUAUCAGUGAGCUGGGUUUCCCUUUACACAUGUAGCUCUCUGAUGGUUGGUUUUGAAUUUCUGGACACAACGCCCACACAGAGACGGAGUCGCUUUUAAUGAUGGAUUCCAGUCCAGUCCUCACUGGUUACAAUAACAGGCUUUGUCAAAAGAGACCUUUCCUCCGUGCAAUUGCAGAUAUCCCAUUUCACGAUAAGCAGAAAGGACCUUAGAAAGGAGCCGGAGAUGCAGUCAUCAGUUUAUUAUGAAGGGAAUCAAAAUCCCAGGCAGGGACAGGAAAUCCUCCAGCCUCAGGUUAGACUGAUGGCGAGUUCUUAUCACUGGUAACAGAUAAGCGAGGAAUCCCCCUUUGAAAGUAGCCUGUCCUCAGAUAUCGUUGCCAUAGCCGAUAAAACGAUAAAUACUUCUGGAAUACACAACAAUGAGCCCAACUGUCAGACAACUAAGAAUCUGAUCCCACCACUCGCAUUUAUUAGAGUAUCAUAUUGUAAUUAUGCAAAUGCAAUGCAACCCCCCUCAGUAAGCUAGUUGUUUGUAUAUGCUAAGAUUUAAUUAAUUACAAGCUAUCUUGAAGGAUGCUUUCUGUAGAAUAUGAAGUGCUGAGUGUAAUUUUACUGAAACCUUGAAGCCACUAAUGGAUUCAAAGGUUUUAAAGAUGUGUGCAUAGAGGUAAAAAAGCACUUUGCAGACCUCCGACAACACACAGAAGGAGGAGGAGGAUGGACUGACCUUAGCAGAGGAAUGAAAGGGGACGUUGAGGUGGAUCUUGUAGCAGAGAUGUGCGAGCAUGACUCACUGGUUGUGUGUGGGGUGCUGUGUGGGCUGUGUCCUUGUUGCCAGAUCAUUAGCUUUAGCUUCUCUCCAACUGUGUGGAGCUCUCUGAAUGUGAUUCUGUCCAACCUGAUGUGUUUACACACCUUCAUCUUCUUAAUGAACUAAGCUUCUUACCUUCCUUUUAUCAAGUGUAUUUCUUUUUUAAUGUUACCAAAUGAGUUUUUUAAUAACUACAGUAGAGAGAAAUAUAUAUAUAUAUAAAUAUAUAUAGCUAUAUCACGCAGCAACUUUAAUAUAUUGUAAAUGAUGGCUUGGAUGCAAUGUAUUUAUUUGUUUGUUACCAUAAUGAAGAAUAAUCAGUAUAAAGGGAAGUUUAAGGUUUGAGUAUGCUACACUUUGUGUCAGUGGGUUUUAAAAUGCCUGUUUGUUCAUCGUUUUGUUUCACGGUGAAAGAACACGAGAGCUUUUUUUUACGUCACUGAGAUUCAUUCUGUUUACUGUGAUCGUCAAUUGGACAUCCUAGACAUAUACACACACAAAAAAGAAAAGAAAUGUGAUGGUUUCAAGACGCCGUAUUGGUCUCAUUGUUAGGAAUGUGAUACCCUUGCAUUCAUUUUUGUAGCUCUUGUAUGUGUUUUUCUUUGUCUUUGUUUUAGAGCAACUGAUCAAACCAUUUUGCACACGUAACGUUCAGGGAUUUAUUUGAACCUCAGCCUAGCAGCAGCGUCACAGCCUCCGUUGCAGAGGUCUGUCGCUUCAUGCUCACUCCAAGUGUCAUCUAUCAUCAGAAGGGAUGUUGGCUCGGGUCAGAUGGGUCAUGAAUAGAGUUUCACUUUUGCCAAAAUUAUGUUGAUUUAGCACCAAUCCUUUAGUCUGUUGUAUUGAAUAAUUCUGUUAAUAAUCACUGAGGUGAUGUAUUGAUAUGUGCUAUUUCUUGUCAUACAAGAAUCCUGUAUAAAGAAACCUAUUUCUGAUGUUAGCAGAAAACAGAGGUUAUUUUUAUUUUUAGAGCAAGUCAAUACAAGAGAAGUGUCUGAGAAAUCAAAGGAUAUUAUUCUAGAACUGAACUGUGAUGCUCCCGUGGGGGGUUGAUAGAAGAUGUACAGUACAUGUCUGUAAAGCAAAUAAACCUAUUUAAUCACUUCAA